GACCUGUCAGCGCGACAGCUAUUGCAGCAAGCCCGCGGCGGUGGACGAGUCACAACCGAGUGCCCAAAGGGACGGUACUAUAUCCCGUUGUACAAUGCCGGAGUAUCAGUUCAUUUUCCACUAAGUUCCCUCCACGUUUGGUCCCAGUAAAGUUCAGUAACCCCCGUGGCGUCGAACUCAAACCAUGUAUUCAAUGUCAGGUACAACCUUUUUGAACGUCAUGUCAGCGAACCAGAGUUAGUCCCCUGAAUGGACCCAUUCUACAGUCUUGUUUGGGUACUUCUGUGGGUCUUUUUUUUUUUCUGUCUCUAGAGUUUUCUUCUCGUUCCAGACUUUACCGGUCUGUCAGGUACCGACAGUUGGAGAUCAUUGCCGCCAUGAUGCCUGCUCAAAAAGUUAUAUAAACCCUGAGGAUGUCCAUCCUAAAUCGACUUUUCUUCUUCUUCAACCAUCGACAUUCUCUUAUACAUUCUCUAGACAAGCUCUGUCUGUCCUUCCUUUCGAGAUUUAAUCUCGUCCUUCUUUUACCAACUACUUCAAAAAAAGUUCCAUCCUUGCGUCUGUAGAACAGGCCCAGUCAAUCUCUUGACUUCAUUGACUUUACAAAAACUCAAAAAUCUUUCACAAUCAACACAAUCUCAUCAACAGUCUUUUUUUUUUCCUUCCUUUUCAAAAAGACCCCCACAUUCAAAAUGAUGUUCACCAAGACUAUCACUUUGGCCGCUCUUGCCAGCCUCACCGCUGCUCUCCCCACUGCCAACCCUGUCAAGCGCAGCGGCGGUGUCAACAUCGUCAACAACCUGGGUGAAACCGUUUACGCGUGGUCUGUUUCUGAUAGAGUCAGUAACAUGCAUACCCUUUCUGCGAACGGUGGAAACUACCAGGAAUCCUGGCAAACCAACGACAACGGUGGUGGCAUCUCCAUCAAGCUGUCCAACACUCAGGAGCAGACCAACGUGCUCCAGUUCGAGUACACCCAGUCCGGCGACACCAUCUACUGGGAUAUGAGCUGCAUCGACCUCAGCGGGGAGAACGUCUUCACCAAGUACGGUUUCUCCGUCACCCCGUCCAGCACUAGCGACAACUGUCCCUCUGUCAACUGUGCUGCCGGCGACACUGCCUGCGCCGAGGCUUACCUCAAGCCCAACGAUGACCAUGCUACUCACGGCUGCCCCAUCGACACCUCCUUCAGUGUCAGCAUUGGCAACUAAGCAUCUUUUUUAUUCUCUUCUCUUCUC